GGCAACACUGUCAAUCACAAUAAAUUCUACUGCGUUCAUUGGAAUUUCAUAGAAUUUUUUGGAAAUCAAUUUUAUUUGCACUUGAAAGAUGGAGUUUCCACCAUGUCCGCCGACAUUGAAGUCCAUACAACAUUUUCUAAAGUUGGCACAGGAGCAUGAUUCGCGUGACGUUGUCAUAGCCUACUGGGCAAGACUCUAUGCGCUGCAAGUUGGCCUAAAGGCAUCUACGCAGAGCGCCGAAGAGACUAAACUGCUGCUAGCUAUUAUGGAUUGGUUGGAGCAAAUGAAGAAGCAACAUGCCGACAACGAGGCCCUGACGAACGACAUUGCUGCUCAGGCACACAUUGAGAACUAUGCUCUCAAGCUGUUUCUCUAUGCCGACAAGCAGGAUCGGGAGGAGAACUUUGGCAAAAACGUCGUCAAGGCGUAUUAUUCCAGCGGUGUGCUCUAUGACAUACUGCUUACCUUUGGUGAGCUGAGCGAGGAGGCGCUGCACAAUCGCAAGUACGCCAAGUACAAGGCCGCCUACAUACACAAUUGCCUGAAGAAUGGCGAAACUCCGAUACCUGGUCCCUUUCCCGACGACGAAUCUUCGGAGCUGGCUGGCGAUAAUCUAGCUGGAGGCAGCAAUGAUGGCGCUUCUAAUGUAACGCCGACCGAUGAUCCCGCUGCUGAAUUCAAGUCCGAAAAUGUGGAGCCCGUUACGCCAUCUACGCCCCCAGCUGCACAAGUAACACCGCCCACAGCCGAGGAGGUAUUGCAGAAUCCAAGCAAAUUGCCGAGUCCACCAGUGGAUGAGGAGAAGCCCGGUGGCUUUGAGCCAUAUGUGCCCACAGAGCAGCCAAACGCGGCCAUUUACACGCCCAUUGUCCCAGUUGCCGGCGUCCAAAUAACCGCAGAACAAAUGAUAACCGCACAAAAGUAUUGCAAAUAUGCGGGCAGCUCGCUCAACUAUGACGAUGUGAAGAGCGCGGUCGAGUAUCUGCAGAAGGCGCUGAAGCUGCUCAGCACAGGCUCCGAAUAGGACACUAAUCCCACACAAUUGAAUCCAGUUAAAGCUUAGAGCACGCGCAUAUUUAAUAAUCUCAACUAUUUGCUGGCAAUUGCAAGCUGCUUACGAAAACAAAAAAGGACAACCAACGACUGAUGUUGAAUAAUUGUUGAAACAUUAUGUACUGAAUAUGAGUUAUUCAAAAAUUUAUUAAAAUUGUUGCUAAAAUGUCAUAGGCAUUGUUGGCUGCGACAACAACAA